AUGGAGGCUUUGAUGGAAAACUUCUCUCACACCGUGAAGCCGGGCACCUCGGUAGCCAUGGUCGGACCCUCUGGAUGUGGCAAGUCGACUCUACUUCAGUUGGUCCAGCGUUUCUACGACGUGGACGACCGAGGACCAGAGAGCGGAAUCUUUCUAGAUGGUCGGGACUUGCGCAGCCUUGCACCGGCCUGGAUACGGGAACAAAUUGGCAUUGUCUCGCAGGAACCCAAUCUCUUCAACCUUACUAUUCGUGAGAACAUUGCCUACGGUUUCCUAAAAGGCGAACCGACCAUGGAACAAAUAAUAGAGGCUGCAAAACAAGCCAACAUUCAUGACUUUAUUUCAGGAUUACCUGAGGGAUACGAUACCAACGUGGGCGCUGGGGGUUCACAACUAUCUGGCGGACAAAAGCAGCGUGUGGCUAUUGCGCGAGCACUACUGCGAAAACCAAAGAUCUUAUUGUUGGACGAGGCGACCUCAGCGCUGGACGUUGACAGCGAAAGAAUCGUUCAACGGACUUUAGAUGAAGCAAUGCGCGAGCCCAACGGUGGCCGCACAAGUCUCGUUGUUGCUCAUCGACUCACCACCGUGAUGAACUGUGAUGAGAUAGUCGUCCUUAUGGGCGGUCGACGAGUGGAGUCAGGGUCCCCACAAACACUUCUGCAACAGAAAGGCGCAUUCUACGAGAUUUACAACUUCGGUGUUGGAGGACAAUAG